AGAGAGAAAAAACAAGAGAACUUAAUAAACCUAGACCCGAAGGACAUCGACCCGAAGUCUUUUAAUUAAUCUUUUAUUAAAAGGGAUUUCUUUCCCGGUUCUUCUUUAUCUGAAGUGGGUUCCCUGUGUAGUUCAGAGAACCAAAAUGGCGGCCGAAGAGAAGCAAAAUAAGUUCGGUUUUCAACACGUUCCCACAAAGAAAUUCCUUGCUUUUGAGUCUUCAGACGUCAGGGAUUCACUCAUGAAAUGGGGAAUGAUAAACAGAACGGUAGUCCAGAUGUACACCUACGACAAAUAUUUCCAACUUUACCAAAAAGAUAAAUUUAUACAGGAUUUCUUUGAGGAUCCCAAUGUGACGUCAUCCCUACAGAUAUUUUCAUCUUCAAACACACCAGGACCAUUAGGUCUUAAAGCAGUUAAGGCACAUGCAGAGCAUAUACCAUGUACGAUAACUUCCAUGGAUUUCUUUGAUAGACUGUACGAGAAAGGUGUUGUCAGGGAAAAUGGUAACAUCAAGAAAUGUAUUGAUGAGGAUUAUGAAGACUUUCUCAUUUCAGAUGAGCUUAGGAAGACUUUGCUGCUAGAGGAAUCAGACUUUUAUCCCAUGUUUAGUGAAGAGGACAGAAAAGAGUUGCUGUUCUUGAUAUUUAAGCAUCUUUGUCUUGGUGGACAAAUCUGCCAGUAUGAAGAUUAUGUAACACCAUAUUUGAGCACAGCCAAAGAUGUCUAUAAAGAGUUAGUCAGUGUGAACAAGGACCCAGAAUCAAAGAAGUUACAGGUUGGAUCGAUUGUAUUGAAGAUCUCUGCCAUGGACGAGAAGGAAAACUUGCUGUAUCCAUCAUCAGAACCACAUGAACAGUCAUUUUCGUACAUGUGUGUAGACCUUGCUAAGCGGCAUGUAUAUAUCUGGCAUCACUCGUGGAAAGCAUAGUAAAAUAUCCAGCAAAACCUA